CUAACCAAUCAGAGGAAGGAGGAGCCCUACUUGCGAAUAAAAAAAACAAAAAGGAAACAAAUUAGGAGUAGCCCUAGAGAGAGAGGAAAGAUAAAUACCACCACCACCACCAAACACCUUGUUGUUGUUGGGAAUCUGAUAGGAAUUGUAUUUUUCUUGCCCUCUUUCUUAUCGGAAAAAGCCGUCUCUCUCUCUCUCUCGCGCUCGCUUCACUUGUGUUGUGUUCUGUUCGAAUGGGUGGGAGUCGAUGGCUGAGGCCUGAGGUGUAUCCUCUCUUCGCUGCUGUUGGAGUAGCGGUUGGGAUCUGUGGAUUUCAGUUGGCCCGUAACAUCUGCAUCAACCCUGAAGUCAGGGUAACGAAGCAGAACAGAGCUGCUGGAGUUUUGGACAACUUUUCAGAGGGAGAAAAGUAUUCUGAGCAUGGUCUAAGGAAACUUGUGCGCAACAGGUCUCCUCAAAUCAUGCCAUCCAUCAACAACUUCUUCACAGACCCAAAACUGAACUGAAUAACGUGGUCUAUGUUGUUGUAGGGUACGCAGUAAAGUCAGCGUAUCAGUGUCGCUGUUUGUGAUAGAAGUUUAUGCUGUGUUUUGAACCUAUUGAAUGCAUGUCUUUGACCCUAAAACAACCUCUGGAUGGAUUUGCUGUAAUAAGCCUGAUUAAACCUGAAAGGAAUUGGACUGUGGCAUCUUUGGAAAA